CGGGGAUGGACACUACAUUGUGCAAAGUGUACACGUAGUAGUUAUACUUCUAGUUCACCUGCUUUGAGGAAAAAAGUUCGAAUUAUGAACAAGGCCGACGAGAUCUUGCAAGGUCAGACGGAUUCGACAGGUAUUACAUCCGAAAGAAGAGGCAGAAGAGGGCCAUGUACAAUGAAUGGGUCGUCGAUUGACAGAAUAGUGCAGGCUAGUCAUGGAUAUUUAGCAAUUGUGUAAGGACAGCGUCCCGCAGUUCCGCAAACAAUGAGUGGCUAAUUCCAUGAACGCUGAGUUUGGGAGGACGUCAAGGAAUUCUGUAGUUCAUCCAAAGUUGCAGGCUUAUCAUGUGCCCUGCUUUGAGAGGUUUUCGAAAUGUUUGUGAUUUGGCGAUCUUCACCCAAGAUGUAUUUGGCGGAGUUGCCACCCAUCCCAAUCUCAGAUCUUUAAAGUUUCAAGCUCCGUGGCUUGAAGCUGAAGAGUUUUGUAUCCAUAAUCAGAGCGGCAGCAACCAAUAAUAGUUCUACAAAAGUCAAUAUUAGCAAACUUGAAUCUGAAGGUGGGGAGAAAAAGAAAUCACGAUCUUUGACGUCUGUAGGUUUCAGAAACUGCAUGCAUCUCUUGGACACAGACGUGAGCUUGCUGUGUUCUCUUCAUUCGGAGGUGAGGUAA